AUGGCACAAGGCGCGGCGCAGCUCGGCAACAAGGGCACGGGGCCGAAACGACGGCGUGACAAGGUCGAGGCAGCGGGCGAGUCGCCGGCCCCGGACCACCUCGGCACCCUCCAGCGGCGCCUCAAGUCGCGCCAAGUGCAGCUGAUCGCACUCUCGGGCGCCAUAGGCACUGGCCUGUUCGUCGGCAGCGACCAGGUGCUGUCCCUGGCCGGCUCGCUGUCGGCCUUGGUCGCCUACGCCGUCACGGGCUCCAACCUGUACUGCGUCAUGGGCAGCCUCGGCGAGAUGGCCGCGUGGCUGCCCGUGCCCGGCGCCGUCCCCGUCUUCGCCGCCCGCUACGUCGACCCGGCCCUGGGAUUCGCCCUCGCCUGGAACUACUGGUACCGGCUCGCCAUGGGCGUCUCGGUCGAGCCGACAGCCUGCGCCGUCGUCGUCGACUAUUGGCACCCGGCUGCCCGGCUGCCGCCCGCCGCCAUUGUCUCCAUCGGUCUCGCGUCCGUCGUCGCCGUCAACUGUCUGCCCGUGCGCUUCUACGGCGAGGCCGAGUUCAUCUUUGGCGCCGUCAAAAUCACCACCAUCGUCGGCCUCAUCGUCCUCAUGCUCCUCAUCGCCUAUCUGCGCCCCGGCGCCCUCGGCCGCUUCCUCGCCUUUGUAAAGGUCUUUACGCAGGUCACCUUCUCGUACGGCGGCAGCGAAAUGGUCGUCGUGGCUGCCGGCGAGACCGAGAACCCGCGCCGCAACAUCCCCAAGGCCGUCCGCCGCGUCUUCUGGCGCAUCGCCGUCUUUUACGUCCAGUCCAUCUUUCUCGUCGGCCUGUGCGUCUCGUCGCGCGACCCCAAUCUGCUCAAUGCCAUCAGCAGCUCUGCCUCCGGCGCCGCCCAGAGCCCCUUUGCCAUUGCCAUCAACACCGCCGGCAUCGCCACUCUCCCGUCCGUCAUCAACGCCGUCAUCCUCUCCUCGGCUUGGUCCGCCGGCAACUCCUUCUUCUACGCCUCGACGCGCAUCCUCUACUCGGCCGCCCUCGACGGCAAGACACCCUCCGUUCUCUGCCGGGAGCGCUUCGGGGUGCCCUAUGCCUGCGUCCUCGCCACCUCGGCUGUCAGCUGCCUCGCCUACCUCAGUUUCAGCAACCGCUCCGCCGACGUCUUCUUCUGGUUCAGCCAAAUUAGCGCCGUCAGCAUCCUCGUCGUCUGGGCGAGUGUUAGCUGGACGUACCUGCAAUUUUACUGCGGCCUGCGCCACCACGGCGUGCAGCGCGACACUCUUCCCUACACGGCGCCCCUGCAGCCCUUCUUGGCAUGGUUUUCUCUCGUCUUCUGCCUCACCGCUGCCCUCUUCAACGGCUUCGACGCCUUCUUCCCCGGCAAAUUCGGCGCCAAGACGUUUCUGCCCCCCUACGUCAACAUUCUCAUCUUCCUCUCCCUCUUCCUCGGUUACAAGUUGGCCAAGGGAACCAGGUUUGUGCGCCUCUCCAAUAUGGACAUUUGGUCAGGCAAGGCCGAGAUUGACCGCCUCGAGCCGACUUGGAGGGUCAUCAAACCAAGAAACGUGCUCGAGAGGAUCUGGUUCUGGAUUGCAUGA